UCCGCGGCGGUGAUGGCGGUGCGUGAACGCGCGGCGGCAGCAAUGGCCGCUCUAGAGCGGCGGGUGCCGAGUCUCGAUGACUUCGCGGGACAGAGCUGGAGCUCGUGGGUGGAACGGGCCGACUUGCCUGCGGUCGACGGGGCUGAGCUGGAGGACAGCAGUAAAAACAUGAAGAAGUUGGAUGCCAUGACCCUCAUUAAAGAAGCCCCAGUGAUGAGGGCUUCUGUCAUUGCAGACAUGUCCAUCUUCGGGCACUGCCCUGCCCAUGACGACUUCUAUUUGGUUGUGUGUAACCACUGCAGCCAAGUGGUGAAGCCUCAAGCUUUCCAGAAGCACUGCGAAAGAAGACAUGGGCCCCUCAGCAAGCUUUACGCCCGGGCCCCACCCCCACCUCCAGCCCCUGCCAGCUCCCAGAAAUGCCAUGUAGUGAAUGGGCAGGGCCCAGCUUGUAGGGCCCCAGGUUCCACCAAAACCUCCUCCAGGGAGAAGGGCCAGGGGUCCCGGAGCCGUGGCCACCAGCCUCCGGAGAAGACCCAGAAGGACAACCUCUGCCUUUUCGUGCCUGUGGUGAAUCUGGAGAAGAUGUCCAGUCUCCCGAAGCCCGAUGGACAUGGAAUCAGGGUGGCCCCGCCCUCUGCUUUCCUCAGCCAGCCAGUUGUCCCUACCAAGGACUCCCCUGGAAAAGCACCCAUUGCACCCCCUCCUAAAGAACCUCCUGGCAGGGAGAGCAUCGAGGCAGCCUCCAACGAGGGCCCUAGUCACCGGGGUGAAAGCACUCCCCCUGAGAAGGAGCCUGGUGGGGCCAGACUGCCCCCCAAAACCCACCGGAAGAUGGCUCGGAAGGAGUGCGACCUCAACAGGCAGUGUGGUGUAAUAAAUCCAGAGACCAAAAAGAUCUGUACACGCCUGCUCACCUGCAAGAUCCACUCGGUGCACCAGCGCCGGGAGGUCCAGGGUCGGGCCAAAGACUUUGAUGUGCUGGUGGCAGAGCUGAAGGCCAACUCCCGCAAAGGGGAGUCUCCCAAGGAGAAGAGCCCAGGGCGCAAGGAACCAACUCUGGAGCGCCCCUCCCAGGACCCCCUUUCCUCAGCCCAUGUUGUGGCAGCAGCAGCUACUCCCAGCAGCACCUUCUCUGCUCGUACCAAGCAGAACUACCCAUACUGUGCACUGCCCAGGUCCCAGGCCUCCUCUGAGAGUGAGUUGGAUGAUGAAGGCCCUUAUGGUGGUGAUGGGGACCCAGGCCUGUUCCCCUUCCCCCUGCCCCGGGGUGGGGCCCAGGCCUCCAGUGAGGAGAGUGAGGAGGAGGGGACAUCUGACGACCUCCAUCUCCCCCCUGACUGCCAUUAUGCAAGCCGGCCCCCUCGGCCACAGGCGUUCUGCACCUUCGGGAGCCGGCUGGUGAGCCCAGGAUGCUACGUGUUUAGCCGCCGGCUGGACCGGUUCUGCUCGGCACUUAGCUCCAUGCUGGAACGGCACCUCAGCUCACACAUGUGGAAGAAGAUCCCACCAGCGGCUGAGCCUCCAUCCCACCUUGUCAGCUCCCCUCUGUCUGCCCCCCUGAGCCCAUCCUCCAUGGGCAGCUGCCCCCGCCUUUCAGGCCCACUCCCCAGACCUGCCUGCCCAUCCUCCACACCCCCCACCAAGGACAGCCUUGUCCCCAGCUACCCUGCAGGCUCCCCCAGUGUGGCAGCCGCCUGCAGUCAGGCGGAGUGCACGGGUGGAAGCCAGGCCAUCACCUCACCACUGCCUGCCAACACGCCAUCCCCGUCCUUCAGCAAACUCCCGCCUUCCAAGGCCAGCAAGUCAUCCAAAGGCAAGGAUGGGGUCGACGUGGAGGCCCCUUCUCGAAAGCGGAAGUUAUCCCCUGGCCCCACCACUUUCAAACGGACCUGCAUCCUGGAGCCCACUGGAAAAGGCAAACCCUCUGGCUGCCGGGGCCUCUCUUCCAAGACUAAAACAGCCCUGGGCAUGGGGCUCAACGGGACAGUGGGGCCACGGAUGAAGCGGGCAGGGCCCCUGGACUGUCAGGGUUCCCCUCACCAGCCUCCCACACCGGUCAAGGCUUCUCAGCUAGAGAACCGGGGAGCAGCUGGACACCCAGCAAAAGCCCUGCCAACCAACUGCCUCUCUGAGGAGGAGGUAGCCAAGAAACGGAAAAACCUGGCUACUUACUGCCGGCCGGUGAAGACCAAGCACUGUCAGGCUGGCGCCCCUGCCAAUGCGGCCUGCUCUGUGCGCCGUAAGAAGCCAGGCCCACCCCUGGCCUUUGAGGAGAAGUGCUCCACACUGAAGGUACCAGCCCAGCUCCCUGAAGAGCAUGGGCAAGGAAGGGUCAGAAUGAGUCAGGCUGGGGUAACCAUGGGUAACUGACACAGAGAAAGUGCUAAGUACACAGUUGUGCAGGGAAGGGAAGAAAGGGGAAGUUCCUGGGCCAUCUUCUUUAGGGAGAGCUGGGCCAGCUCUUAGCAAAGUAACCCCACUUUUGCCUGAUGGGCUUCCUCCUAUCCCCAGCCCUCUCUCUUGAGCUGAGGAAAAUGCUGCCUUUUUCUACUCUCGGUUUAACCAAAGGGCCAGUUCUUCCUGACGUGGCUGUGGUCCUCACUCUAGGAACUGGAGCUACCUCUGUUCUCUGAAGGAAAGGCAGUUGAGCUCCGUGACCUCUGACAGAAAGGGUUGGGGCAGUGGGGUUGAACUUGGGACCCUGAGCUGUGGCCUAAUCUGCUGAGCAGCAGGGUGGGUGGACCAGUUUCGUUCACUGGUUCUACCUCUGGCCAUCAGGGUAAGGAAAGGUAGAGACACAAUUUAAGGACCCAUGUAUACAUGUGUGUGUGACUUACACAUAUGCCUACUUCUAGGUUUUCAAGUGCCAGGCAAGUUCUCCAGGGCUUUUGGUAAAGCCUGUAGCCAGGUUUAUUUGUCCCUGACGGGGGCCCUGGAGUAGCAUGCUAUGGGCUAUCCAUAUGAUCUCAGCCGGGAGGGACUUACCGGGAGUGGGAAGAGAAGAUGCUCUCCUGGUUGAGUCAUGGGGCAGAUGCAUACCAACUACCCUGGCACCCAUAUGAGAGUAGUGAAUUUGACAGUAGCCCAGAGCUUAAGUGUGUGUGCGUACGCGCGCGUGUGCGUGCGCGCCCACGUGCAGGUGACCACAGAUAUGUUUUCCAGCUUUCCUAUCCAGGCUGCUCCUGCGCUUGCCCAGCCUUACACACCAGGCCAGCAGGAAGAAAUCAAAACCUUAGCCCUGAUGGUCCAUACAGUUCACUGUGCAGGAGAACUGGUCGGCCCCAGGUGACCCUUUCUCUUGCCUCUUGUCUUCCUGCAGUCGAAAGCCCAUUAAUGAGAAAGUGCCUGUCCACUGCGAUGGAGCUGCCAGCACCUCCUCCCCUCCAGAUCCGGGCCCCAGGCUGCUGCCGCUUUUUAUAACUUUAUAUUAUUUUUUUUAAGAAAAAAAAAAAAAAACUCUUUAAAA